UCCCUGCCUUCUUCCCCCCCCCCCCCGUCCCCCCCCCCCCAACCUCCGGAGCUGGGAAGAGAGUCAAGAUGGCGGCGAAAUCCGAUGGCGGUGGCGUGGGGGUGGGCUUCGCCCAGCUGCACAACCUGGACGAGGCGGUGGGCAGCGGCGGCGAGGAGGACGGGGAGCCCGGGGGAGGCGGCUGCGGCGGCGGCGGAGACGGCAGCGAGCCCGGCGAGAGCAGCUCGCUGCACAUCUGCCACUGCUGCAACACCUCCUCGUGCUACUGGGGCUGCCGCUCCGCCUGCCUGCGCUCCCUCCUGGGCAAGAAGCCGCGCCGCAGCGCCGCCGCCGCCGACGGGGGGGACCAGCCGCUGCAGCCGCCCGCGGCCGCCGGCGCAGACCACCACCCCCCGACGCCUGCCACUCGGCCGCAACCGCCGCCGCCGCAGGUGGAGCGGCCGUGGCUCGACUGCCUGUGGAUCGUGCUGGCGCUGCUGGUCUUCUUCGGGGACGUGGGCACCGACCUGUGGCUGGCCCUCGACUACUACCGCAAGGGGGACUACGGCUUCUUCGGGCUGACCCUCUUCUUCGUGUUGGUGCCGUCGCUGCUGGUGCAGAGCCUGAGCUUCCGCUGGUUCGUGCAGGACUACACGGGCGGCGGGCUGGGCGCCGUGGAGGGGCUUAGCAGCCGGGGCCCCCCCAUGAUGGGGGCCGGCUACGGCCACGGCGCCGCCCGCGGCGGCCCGGGCGCGGGGGGCUCGGCUACGCCGGGGGCGCAGCGCCUGUGCCGCCUCUCCGUGUGGAUCUGGCAGUCGGUCAUCCACCUGCUGCAGAUGGGGCAGGUGUGGAGGUAUAUCCGCACCAUGUACCUGGGAAUUCAGAGCCAGCGGCAGAAGGAACACCAGCGACGCUUCUACUGGGCUAUGAUGUACGAAUAUGCAGACGUCAACAUGUUGCGCCUCCUUGAGACCUUCCUGGAGAGCGCCCCCCAACUGGUGCUACAGCUCUGCAUAAUGAUCCAGAAGAAUAGCGCUGAGACGCUGCCCUGUGUCUCCUCUGCGACUUCCCUGAUGUCCCUGGCUUGGGUGCUAGCCUCCUAUCACAAGCUGCUGCGGGACUCCAGGGACGACAAGAAGAGUAUGAGCUACAGAGGGGCCCUCAUCCACCUCUUCUGGCGCCUCUUCACCAUCUCAUCCAGAGUUAUCUCUUUUGCCCUCUUUGCUUCCAUAUUCCAGCUCUACUUCGGGAUCUUCGUGGUGGUUCACUGGUGCGCCAUGGCCUUCUGGAUCAUCCAUGGCGGAACAGACUUCUGCAUGUCCAAGUGGGAGGAGAUCCUCUUCAACAUGGUGGUAGGGAUUGUGUACAUUUUCUGCUGGUUUAACGUCAAGGAAGGGCGGACUCGAUAUCGAAUGUUUGCAUAUUACACGAUAGUCUUGACCGAGAAUGCUGCCUUGACGUUCCUUUGGUAUUUUUACAGAAACCCGGAGACCACUGACUCCUAUGCGGUGCCAGCACUGUGUUGUGUCUUUAUUAGCUUUGUGGCUGGGAUCGCAUCGAUGCUCUUAUAUUAUGGUGUGCUGCAUCCCAUGGGGCCGCGAGCUAAGAUUUUUGCCAGCUCCUGUUGUGCCGAGCUGCUCUGGGGCAUCCCUUUGCCCCCCGAUGUUGAGCCCAUGGCACCUCAGACCCCUGGGUACCGGGGGACCCAGGUCACGCCUACCAGAGCCGUAACGGAACAACAGGAGGAUCUCACGGCUGACACUUGCUUGCCCGUUUUCCAAGUGAGACCCAUGGGGCCCUCUACCCCGUCGGGGCGUCCUUACCACCCAGAAGGGCCCCUCAUUAAGAUUGACAUGCCAAGAAAGAGAUAUCCAGCUUGGGAUGCUCAUUUUGUAGACAGGAGGUUGAGAAGGACUAUUAACAUUCUGCAGUAUGUCACUCCCACCGCAGUAGGCAUUCGGUAUCGAGACGGACCGCUCCUUUAUGAGUUGCUACAGUAUGAGUCUUCACUCUAAGAGCAUCUUGACCCAAGUUGAGAAGGGGACCUUAAGUUUGGUUUGCGGUAAACACCGCUCACAAGAAAUAUAACCCUCCCUUCCCCCAAAACACAAAACCAUCACCACCACCACCAUCACAACCACCAAUGCUACAAAAAAAAAAAAAGAAAAAGAAAAGAAUAAGUCACAACCCCUUCAGAUAAGCUUUCUUUCCAGUCGCUGUAUGUAUACAAAGAUAUUCUCUAUGUUUUGUAAGUAAAAACAAAAAGAAAACUUUUCUUUUGUUUUUUACACAUAAGAAACAGUAUUGA